GCGCGCGCGCCUCGUUGGUCCCGGGGAAGAUGGCGGCGCCGGCGCCGGGGGGCUAGGGCGACUCCGGGCCGCGGCCGCCUGCUCGGCUUGGCGCCUGGGCCGGCCUGGUCCCUGGUCGGGGCUCGAAGACAUAGCGGGACCUGGGGGUCGUGACUCCGAGAAAGGGCGCUGAUUGGACUCCUGUGAAAGAAGAGUUGGUGACGGUCCCAGGGUGUGGUGCGUGCCACGAUGGAUCUGGCUUACGUCUGCGAGUGGGAGAGAUGGCCCAAGAGCACCCACUGCCCCUCGGUGCCCCUGGCCUGUGCCUGGUCCUGCCGCAACCUCAUCGCCUUCACCACCGACCUGCGAAACGACGAUCAGGACCUCACGCGCAUGAUCCACAUCCUGGACACGGAGCACCCCUGGGACGUGCACUCCGUCAACUCACAGCACAGCGAGGCCAUCACCUGCCUGGAGUGGGACCAGUCAGGCUCCCGGCUCCUGUCGGCCGAUGCUGACGGGCAGAUCAAGUGCUGGAGCAUGGCGGACCACCUGGCCAACAGCUGGGAGAGCUCCGUGGGCAGCCUGGUAGAGGGGGACCCCAUCGUGGCCCUGUCCUGGCUGCACAACGGCGUGAAGCUGGCGCUGCACGUGGAGAAGUCAGGUGCCUCCAGCUUCGGGGAGAAGUUCUCCCGUGUCAAGUUCUCGCCGUCCCUCACGCUGUUUGGCGGCAAGCCCAUGGAGGGCUGGAUCGCGGUGACGGUCAGCGGCCUGGUCACCGUGUCCCUGCUCAAGCCCAGUGGGCAGGUGCUGACGUCAACCGAGAGUCUGUGCCGGCUGCGCGGCCGCGUGGCUCUGGCGGACAUCGCCUUCACGGGCGGCGGCAACAUCGUGGUGGCCACGGCGGACGGCAGCAGCGCCUCCCCCGUGCAGUUCUACAAGGUGUGCGUGAGCGUGGUCAGCGAGAAGUGCCGCAUCGACACCGAGAUCCUGCCCUCGCUCUUCAUGCGCUGCACCACCGACCUCAACCGCAAGGACAAGUUCCCCGCCAUCACCCACCUCAAGUUCCUGGCCCGCGACAUGUCGGAACAGGUGCUCCUGUGCGCGUCCAGCCAGACGAGCAGCAUCGUGGAGUGCUGGUCUCUGCGGAAGGAGGGGCUGCCCGUCAACAACGUCUUCCAGCAGAUCUCACCCGUGGUUGGUGACAAACAGCCCAUGAUUCUCAAGUGGCGGAUCCUGUCGGCCACCAAUGAUCUGGACCGUGUGUCUGCUGUAGCGCUGCCUAAGCUGCCCAUCUCGCUGACCAACACUGACCUGAAGGUGGCCAGUGACACCCAGUUCUACCCCGGCCUCGGGCUGGCCCUGGCCUUUCACGACGGCAGCGUCCACAUCGUGCACCGGCUGUCACUGCAGAGCAUGGCCGUCUUCUACAGCUCUGCGGCCCCGCGCUCCGCGGACGAGCCGGCCAUCAAGCGCCCGCGGACCACCGGCCCCGCCGUCCACUUCAAGGCCAUGCAGCUCUCCUGGACCUCUCUGGCCCUAGUCGGCAUCGACAACCACGGGAAGCUGAGCAUGCUUCGCAUCUCGCCGUCCAUGGGCCACGCGCUGGACGUGAGCCUGGCGCUGCGGCACCUGCUCUUCCUGCUGGAGUACUGCAUGGUGACCGGCUACGACUGGUGGGACACGCUGCUGCACGUGCAGCCCGGCAUGGUGCAGGGCCUGGUCGAGAGGCUCCACGAGGAGUACACGCGCCAGAACGCCGCCCUGCAGCAGGUCCUGUCCACCCGGAUCCUGGCCAUGAAGGCGUCGCUGUGCAAGCUGUCGCCCUGCACGGUGGCCCGCGUGUGCGACUACCACGCCAAGCUCUUCCUGGUGGCCGUCAGCUCCACGCUCAAGUCCCUCCUGCGCCCCCACUUCCUCAACACGCCCGACAAGAGCCCCGGCGACCGGCUGACCGAGGUCUGCGCCAAGAUCACGGAUGCCGACAUCGACAAGGUCAUGAUCAACCUCAAGACGGAGGAGUUUGUCCUGGACAUGAACACGCUCCAGGCGCUCCAGCAGCUCCUGCAGUGGGUGGGGGACUUCGUGCUCUACUUGCUGGCCAGCCUGCCCAACCAGGGCUCCCCGCUGCGGCCGGGACACAGCUUCCUGCGGGACGGCCCCUCGCUGGGCCUGCUGCGGGAGCUCAUGGUGGUCAUCCGCAUCUGGGGUCUGCUGAAGCCCAGCUGCCUGCCCGUGUACACGGCCACCUCGGACACCCAGGACAGCAUGUCCCUGCUCUUCCGCCUGCUCACCAAGCUCUGGAUCUGCUGCCGUGACGAGGGCCCCUCGAGCGAGCCGGAUGAGGCGCUGGUUGACGAGUGCUGCCUGCUGCCCAGUCAGCUGCUGGUGCCCAGCCUGGACUGGCUGCCCGUCAGCGACGGCCUCGCCAGCCGCCUGCAGCCCAAGCAGCCCCUGCGCCUGCAGUUCGGCUCGGCCCCGACCCUGCCCGCUGGGCCGCCCGACGGCCUCGCCAGGGCGCCGGGCCAGCCCAGGAUCGACCACCUGCGGAGGCUGCACCUGGGAGCCUACCCCACAGAGGAGUGCAAGACCUGCACCAGGUGCGGCUGUGUCACCAUGCUCCGGUCACCCAACAAGACUACGGCUGUCAAACAGUGGGAACAGCGCUGGAUCAAGAACUGCCUAUGUGGGGGCCUCUGGCGGCGGGUGCCGCUCAGCUACCCCUGACUGGGGGCCCCUAGGCCCUCCCGGCGACAGAACGUUCCACACGCUCCUGACCUUCGUUGGGUGCGUUAAAAAACAGGCAUCCGGAAGCAGGGCCUUUCAGGCCACAUCAGCCAAGGUCGGUGCCCUGUCGCUGGGCGGGGCCGGUGAGGGUGCGGCUGGAGCCUCAAGUCAGUACCUGUCAGCCCAGUGGGUGCGGCUUUCUGUCCCUGGGAGCCUGUGGGUCUCACGGCCUCAGGCAGGGCCACAGCCCACGUGCUCCCUCCCUGGACCCCCAGCGGCCCCUCCGGAGGCCCCAGGUCCCGGCUCAGAGGGCCCAGGAUGGCCGGCGUCUCUGUUCUCCAGAGCGCCCCCCAGGAACCUGUCCCGAGUCCGGGUGGCUGCUGCCGGGGCACCUGCCUCCGUGUCCUCCUUCCUGUCCGUGCGUCCAGGUGGCUCUGACCUCAGCAGGCGCAAUAAACGUCCUGCCGAAGGUGCUGCCUGUCUGCCCUCCCUCCUCCCUCAUGCAGGUCUGGGUUCCUGUGCCUGGUGACUCUCUGCUUUGUCAGCAUUUAUCGAGCACCUAUUGUAUGCCAGUCACUGAGGUCCCUACAGGGGGCAGCAAGCUAGGCACAGGUGGGUGGUGGGCACGUCUCUCUCCUUUUUCCCUGACUCCCCCUACCCUCCCCCCUGCAUGCCUCAGCUGCUCUGGCCCCUGGGCUUCUGGGAGCUCAGGUCUGGUCCCUGGGGGUCCCACCUUCUGCCAACAAGCACUUGCCCCAGGCGCAUCAGGCCUCCUGCCCUGCCUGUGGGGUGCUCCUGCCUGAAGGCGCAGGGAGGGGUGGGUGCAGGGCAGGGAGGGCGGCCAGGUGGAUGCCCCAGGGGGCGCAGAGCUGCCUAGGGCAGCCGGGCCCUGGCGAUAGUCAGCCGGCACGGGGCCAGGCGUUUGGUGGGGGGCUGGCCCGCCUCUCCUCCCACCCUGCUGGUCACCGCUGCCUGGUGCCCCUUGAGUGACACGGGGCCCCGAAGACAGCUGCCCUGGUCGAGGCGUUCCUGGGUGAGUGGUCACUGCUGACGGGCAAGCCACCCGUGAGCCACUGGAGGGAAAUGUCCGUGUAAAUCGUUGAUCUAAGUCCAGCAAAGGGGGGUUUCAGGGAGCAGGGGAGAGGCCUCUCCUCCAUGGGGGUCAGCCACCCGGGGCCCUCUCCUCCCCCCGGCCACGCCCACACCACUGCUGUGCCGUCUGCGGGGCUGGGGGGGGGGCCGGCUGCUGGCGACCCUGCACCCCUUUGGGGUCCGCAGACCCCUGACGCGGCCCGCCCCCAGCUGCAGUGGCACAAAGGGGUUAUCGUCCUGGACACGUCUCACCCACUUGGGGCUAGUUUGUGGGUUUAUGACGCGGACACGUGGGGCCUGCAUCGCCUCCCCUGGGGUCUGGGCGGGCGCACACCUGUGGCCAGCCCCGUGCAGAAGUGCGUGUGAGCCGCGAGUGUUGGGAAGCGGCCCCUCCCCCUGGAGUCCGAGUCCCGGGCGGUGAGGCCGCCAUCCUGCUGUGCCGCCCACUUCUGGCCCUGCAGGCGCGGAGCACGGUGAACCGGGGAUGGCUCUGUGCCCCCCAGUUUGGGGUGGAUGAGAACAUUCUGUGAACUGCUGGGGCAAACGUGGUGGCGUGGGCGUGCCUGGCUGCCCGGGCGGCCUGUCCCCCAUGCGCCCUGCUGAGCCCGGGUCAGGUCAGCAGGGUCGAGCGUCCCCGUCCCGUGCCCACCGGGGUGGCCGCAACACCCGCGUGUCCCCAUGGCGCCUUCCUCUAAGCGCGACAGCAAGGCCUCUAGUACUGCGAAGAUGGGCCAGUGCGACCGGCUGUGUGCUUCUGUCCCCUUCUGUCCGCUCCUCAGAGCGGGGUCACCGGGACCGCGUUCAGCUGCGCGUGCCGCUUUGGGUUCAGUGCCCAUCGCACUCCCGCCCCUGCCCCACACUCCUCCAGAACCUCCUGUGGUUCCCACUGACCACGGGAUGGGGCGUUGUCACACCAGGCCAGCCCCGAGACAGACGUGAAACCCCACAUACCACCCUUUCCCUGGCUUCCCCCCCCCACCCCGGGGCACUGACCUCCGGAAACAAGCGGGAAGGCUUGACUGGCCCUUGGCCCCUGCGUCUGCGCGGGGCUCAGGGCCGGCCACGCCCACUGGCACCUGAGAACCCGCCCGGGGAGGGGACAGCUCGCCCAGGGAGGAGGCCCGGGGUGAGAGGCUGCGGGUUCCCUCGUUCGCUCGCGGCUGGAGAAGCCCCAGCCACCGCGGCUCCGCCCCUUCCCGCGGGCGGACCCACCGGCCCCCGGCCCCGCCCGGGCCCUCCGGCUGCCAGGCCACCAGUGGGGACGGCCGCAGUGGAGUUCCAGGCGGACGACAGAUGCGGUUUAGUCCAAGGCCGUUCCGGAUGCCACAUGGAACACGCUCAUCACGCGAAAAGCGUUUGUUGUUCUUCUGAAAUUCCCGUUUAACCGGACGUGUUGUAUUUUUAUUUGCUGAAUCCGGUAUCCUACCCACACCCACGCUUUCCCCCCAAACUGGAUCGUUCCAAAGCCACGCCCUGGCAUCUUUCAUUCAGGAAAUACCUAUCGAAUGAAUGAGUCUUCGGUGUCUGACCGGCAAUUGUGUCUCUUCCCCCCUUAAUGUAAAUGUGCAGUUUGUUAAGUUUCGCGCGAGACGCAGGAGCCCAUGUGGGUCAUCAGAGGGCGCGGUGGCUCGUCCUGCGUGGAGUGUGAGUUACUAGAGCUGGUCUCGGAGACCACGGCCCAGCCCAGGACUGCACGCAGCAGGUGCUCAAUAAAUGCUUUUGUACCUGU